AUGGCCGCCCGUCGUCGCCCGGCGCCGCAUAAACUGCAGCAAACGCCUUCGAACAACAAAGAUCGCGGCGACAAGGGCUUCAGUUUGCCGGCACCGUCGCCCCGCGUUAUCAACGCCGCUCCGUCCCUCGAGAAGGCCGAGAUGUAUGGCAUCGAUGACAACCGUCCGGUCUUCAGUCGCGCCAUGGCGCUCGCAGGGCGCAUGUUUAUCGAGACCAUCCCGCAAUGGCUGGCCGUUGGAGCUAUGCUGUCGCUGAUUUUUGGCGGCUGCUGCUCCAAUGUCUUUGCGCUCGAGUCAAUUAUCAAGGUGGAACCUGACAGUGGUUUCUUGUUGACUUUUGUGCAAUUCAUCUUUGUCGCCAUCACCAGUCUCCCCUCCCAACUCGACAGCAGACGCCCACCGUUCUACCUCAAAUCCAACAGAGUCCCAAUUCGCCGCUGGCUCGUCAACAUUGUACUGUUCUUCGCCAUCAAUGUUCUCAACAACCACGCCUUUAGCUAUGACAUUUCUGUACCGGUGCACAUCAUCUUGCGCUCUGGAGGCAGCAUCACCACCAUGCUGGCUGGGAGCUUGUACGGCAAGAGAUAUUCUCGGAUCCAGGUGACAGCUGUGCUCUUGCUUACUGUGGGAGUGAUCACUGCCGCCUGGUCUGAUUCACAGACCAAGGGAACUACGAGUAGUGGAUCUGCCGGGACUACGAGCUUUGUAACUGGCCUCACAAUCCUGUUCGUCGCGCAGGUCCUCUCUGCUAUCAUGGGCCUCUACACCGAAGAGACAUACCGCAUGUACGGCCCGCAGUGGAAGGAGAACAUGUUCUACUCGCAUCUUCUCUCGAUCCCCUUGUUCCUGCCAUUCUUGCCGUCUUUGAGUAGACAGUUCAUGAAGCUUGCCAACAGCCCUCCGCUGUCGCUUCCAAUCCCCCCGCCGGAGGACUAUCCUAACUUUUCACCCAGCCUGCAACGGCUUGUCGAGAAGAUACACAUGCCCAGCCAACUGUUCUACCUCACGCUCAACGUCUUGACGCAGUAUGCCUGCAUUCGGGGCGUCAACCUCUUGGCUGCAGCUAGCUCGGCUCUGACAGUGACAAUUGUUCUCAACAUUCGCAAGUUGAUCAGUCUGUUGUUGAGUAUAUGGCUCUUUGGAAACCGGCUGGCGUUUGGAACGCUGAUAGGAGCCUGUAUUGUAUUUUUCGCAGGAGGACUGUACUCUUUGGACGGAAAGCGGAAGCCGCCUAGCAGGAGGGGCACCGCGCCGACCAAAUCUUGA